AUGCCAUCACCCAAGGACAAGGAAGAUGUUCAGAGAUGCCUAGGAUUAUUCACAUACCUAGCAGCAUACAUUCCUAACUUCUCAGAGAAGUCAGCGCCACUUCGAGAACUUCUACACAAGGAAGUACCAUUCAUCUGGGACGAUGAUCACGAACAUUCCUUGAACAGCCUGAAAAGUGCAGUAUCAUCAGGUGCAUGUCUACAAUUCUAUGACCCAAAGAAAGAGACGACUCUUGAGGUAGAUGCAUCGAUGAAAAGGCUAGGAGCAUGCCUGCUCCAGCAAGGCAAACCAGUUGCAUUUGCAUCCAAAAGUCUUUCCACUGCACAGUCCAACUAUUCCAACAUAGAGAGGGAAACCUUAGCCCUAGUGUUUGGUAUCAACCGCUUCCAUACAUAUCUGUUCGGGAAGGAAUUCACCGUCAUAACAGAUCACAGACCAUUGGAGAUGAUAUGGAAGAAACCUCUUAGAAGUGCACCAUCACGUCUACAGAGAUUGCUUAUUAAAGUCCAAGGAUACCAAUGUCAAGUCAAGUAUCGACCAGGAAAAGACAUGAUUCUUUCCGAUACCUUGAGCCGACUUCCUAAUCCCAAGGAAGCACGCGAUGUUCCGCUUGAUGUCAGAGUGGAAUCCAUCUGCUCUGAAGCCGAAGAUUCGCACCAGAUUGACUUGAUAUACUUCGGACAACACAAGAGAACAGAGCUUCAGAGAGAAACAGCUAAUGACCAUGUUCUCAGAUCACUAUGGCAAAUAGUCACUCAGGGAUGGCCUGAGACCAUCCACGAAUUGCCGACAUCCCUUCGUCAAUUUUGGUCUUACAGAGAUGAAAUCGGAGUACUCUUCAAGGGAAGUCAAGUCAUCAUACCGAAGACACUAAGGAAUGACAUCCUUAGACAGCUUCACCUAGGACACAUGGGAAUCGAAAGCACGAGGCGACUUGCUCAUGAGACAGUGUUCUGGCCAAACAUCAACAAGGACAUUGAUCAGUUGAUAAAGCAGUGUGAAACAUGCCAGAAACACCAAGCAAGACAGCAGAAAGAGCCACUGCAUUCCCAUGAUGUACCACCAGCACCAUGGAACAGACUGGGAACCGACUUGUUCAUGCUCAAUAGACAAGAGUAUCUACUCGUUACUGAUUACUAUUCCAAGUAUCCGAUCAUUGCUAAGCUAACCGAUACAUCCAGUGCAGCUAUAGCAAGAGAGAUGACGGGAAUCUUCAGUCUGUUCGGUCCACCAGAAGAGAUUGUGUCCGACAACGGUCCACAAUUUGUCGGGAAACCAUUCCAAGACAUGUGCAAGAAGUGGAAUAUCAAGCACAUCACUUCUUCACCGCACUAUCCAAGAUCCAACGGAUUAGCUGAGAGAAUGGUUCGUACAAUCAAGAAUCUGUUGACGAAGUGUUCUCAAACUAGCCAAGACAGUCAACUAGCCAUGAUGCACCUGAGAGCAACACCAGUUGACAAUAACUUGAGAUCACCAGCAGAGAUGUUGUUUGGAAGACCCAUCCGAACCACAUUGCCAAGUCACUAUCUUUCGAGAGAUGCUGCUGCCACCGAGUUUCUCUUGAAUAGGCAAGACAAAAUGAAGGAAGUGCAUGAUCGACAUGCAAGUUCUGAUUUGCCACCACUGCAUGUAGGACAGCCAGUGAGGGUUCUGCAUCCAAGAGACCACACUUGGAUACCAGCCAAGGUAUCCAAGGUCUGUGAAGAACCUCGAUCCUAA